UGUUCAGUGCACUGUUUUGCCGACAAGAACGACGACAACAAUUGAGCCCUCACGGAAGAUGGUUGCGCACUAGGCGUCUUGUCAAUCUUGGCAAGACCGUAAAACAUUUCCUCAUCAUACACAAGGACACACUGCUUUCUGAUUUGUCCAGGCGCCCGACACGACACAAAUCAUCCAGUAAAACGCGAAUGCGCGGUGUUUACAAGAAGUGCUACUUGCUUUUACUCUUUUACGUUAGCUACCGUAAACUGAACGGCCGGUGUCGCAGAUUUUGCCGAAUCACCAUGGCGUCCGUACUGAGGGAGACAGCGGGGCUGUAUGAGACUCUGAAAAGCGAAUGGAAUAAGAAAAAUCCCAAUCUGAAUAAAUGUGGCGACAUUUUGAGCAAGUUGAAGAUUUCCCUUCUGGAAUUAAAUUUCUUGCCAACGACAGGGACCAAGCUCACCAAACAGCAGCUCAUUUUGGCCCGUGAUGUGCUGGAGAUUGGAGCCCAAUGGAGUAUCCUGAAGAAAGACAUACCUUCCUUUGAGAGAUACAUGGCCCAACUUAAGUGCUAUUACUUUGACUACAAAGAGGAGCUGCCAGAGUCAGCUUACAUGCACCAGCUACUGGGUCUGAACCUGCUGUUCCUGCUUUCUCAGAACCGCGUCUCUGAGUUCCACACAGAGCUGGAGAGGCUGAGUGCUCGAGACAUCCAGACCAAUGUCUACAUCAGGCACCCCGUCUCUCUGGAGCAGUACUUGAUGGAAGGCAGCUACAAUAAGGUGUUUCUUGCCAAAGGAAACAUCCCUGCUGAGAGCUACACUUUCUUCAUAGACAUUCUGCUGGACACUAUCCGAGACGAGAUAGCUGGCUGUAUAGAAAAGGCCUAUGAGCAGAUCCAUUUCAACGAGGCCACACGCGUCCUCUUCUUCUCCUCCUCCAAGAAAAUGACAGACUAUGCCAAGAAAAGGGGCUGGACUCAGAAUGCCAGUGGCUACUACUCCUUCAGCUCCCAGCAGCAGCGGACAGAGGACGUGCCCAUCCCCUCCACAGAGCUGGCGCAGCAGGUCAUUGAAUACGCACGGCAGCUGGAGAUGAUCGUGUAGUAGAGACACACACAGACACACACACACACACACAACUCUCAAACUGAAACAGAUGAACCUCUGAAUAAAAGCACACUGACAGAUUGAUAGAUCCCAGGGAAGAAGGUCCACAGAUGCUCUUUUACUGGCACCGAUUCAUGCCACUGUGUAGUUACGUCUGCACUCAGGGUGUACGUGCAUUUGUGUCUGCUCUAGAAUCUGCCUGUCUGUCAAUAUGAUUUUCUGUUCGCCAAGUGCAUUGAAGGUCCCAUAUCUCAAAACCAGCAGAUGCCAUGUUAAAAACCCAGAAACUACUGGAUUGUUAAAGAUUACACAGUCCAAAUCAUGAAGUUUUCUGGACCUGUGUUGUAGCCUACAGUAUGUUGUUUAGCCUACAGUAUGUGUAAUUAAGACUUGUGAUACAAUUACAUGGUAUCUUCAUAUGGCUCAUUCAGCCAGAUUUUUAUAACCUUAAAGGAAUGCGAGAGCGAAUUGCUUGCAGGUACAGUGGAAAACAGUGGAAUGAAAAUGUCAACAGGUUGUCUGUUCUUCAUAUUGUCUUUUUUGUUCAAUGCAAGCACUUGAGAACAAACUCAUUUACCAUACAUGCAGUCUCACAUCAUUCUCACUAGAGUGUGCGGUUCACAGAAGGACUCCAUUCCAGUCUCUUUGCCUUGUAUAUGAGCAGCAGUGAAUCGCUGUAUGUUCUGAAGUUUUAUAGUAAUAUUUUUAUCAUCUUCUUAAUAGGCUGUAUAUCCCAUUGGUUGGGCAAUAAAAUCUUAUGUCUCUGAUGGUCACACAACU